AUUUUAAGGCAGCUGUCAAUCAAGUCAUUGCUCACAGCUGUUUUCAAAUGAGCGAGAGCCAAGCCGCAGCGUUGCUGGCUGUUUGUUUUUACCCAUCUGCCAUCUGACUUUUAUUUAAUAUGCCAAUGUUGAGGGAGGGCUCUGUUUUUCCCCCCCAAGCCACCAAGAAGGUGACAGAACAAGACUACUUGUCCAAGAAACGUUUCUACCAGUGGAACGCAGCUGCUUUCUCUAACGAAGAUGAAGAUAAACACCAUGUGACAGAAGAGAAGCCAAAAGAUGGACAGAAAUAUAACCUGAAUAUGCUGACUGAUGAUGACCUGAAGGCUGCACUACUUGUGUACGGGGUCAAAGCUGGGCCAAUAGUGGGCUCCACCAGGGCUGUGUAUGAGAGGAAGCUGAGGAGACUGCAGGCUAAACAGGAUACCUUCAAAUUAGUGGAGAAAGUUGUGUUUUGUCCCAAAGAGUCAGAUAAUGACAGCAAUGAAGACGGUGACUCAGGAUCAAACCAGGAAGAUGAACAGUCGGAAGAGCAAGAAUGCAGUCAGGUGGGCGUGCUCUCUCAGGAUGGACACGUUUCCCAGCGGCGCUUUUUACCUUCACCCAGCCGGCGCUUUGCAGCUUGUGCCUCAAGAAAUGAGAAUCUUUGUCGCAAGCCGACUUUGAAGAAAGUUUCAAAUUCGACAAAGAGUGGGAGCGCUGUUCUGAUUCCCAAAGGGAUGCAAAGUGGCGCAUCAGCCUUCGAUCAACAUUCAAUAUUAGGAUUAGAGGUCCCCUCUAGAUCAAGCCAAGAUUCAAACUGUUCCCCAGAGAACUUCAGCAUCACUGAAAUGGUUGAAAAGAUGGAAAAACGGAUGUCUCCGAUUGAAGACUGUGAACUGAAGGAGAGUGACGUUCACAAGCCUUGGACUGAGUCCAACAAAUUCAACGUGCUUGUGACGGACACGAGGCAGUCUCUGUACUUCACUCCCAAAGAGUCCCAUUCUAACUGGGAAACGAAGGACCCCAUGAAAGAUGACUUGAUUCCUAACAUUAAGCCUGCAAGCACAAUGAUUAGCGCCACCUGUCGGAGGCCCAUCAAGGGCGCAGCCGGGAGGCCCGUAGAGUUUCACUCCCCACGCACUCCAUUAAGCCCCACCAAUCUGGAUAGAAGAGAAAUGGAGCGCCGAAUGGUCCCUAUCCACAUCCAGUUUGUGGUGUUUGUUGUAAUUGCCCUCAUGCUCUUUGUAAUUGUUGAAAGUGAGCCACUGAGUCCACUUUUGGCUCUGACGUAUAACUUCAUGCAAGGUUUCAUCAAUGACGCUCCAGUGUUAGAGCCCACAAACUUUCUUGGGACAUGAGUAAAUGUUUUACCAUUUGUUUUGGGUUUUAUGUUUACACUUAACACCAGAUUGGCUAAAUGUAAAGAUACCUUACAGGGAAAAUGCUGUCAAACAAUUACUGUUAAGUGUGUAGAUUGUGGGGUCAAAUAUUGUCAUUUAACGUUAUGUAUGUAUUUGUGGUAUUUUUGUAAUGUUUUAAAAUGUUGCAAUAAAGGGCUUACUUUGCUA